AAUGGAUAUUGCAGCGCCAUUCCUACUCUAGCUUCGUGCGGGCCAAGGGAAAUAACUUUGAAGAGAUCCAGAUACAGCGCACGCGUUGUAGUUUGGGAGGCCCACGCUGUAAUCCCGCUAUUGGUGCCCACCCUUGGCGUCGGUGCAUCUCGGUGCUCGCUAUGAUACCCCGCGACGAAAUUCCCCCAAAACGAAAGUUGCCCGAGGCUUGUGAUGAUUGAAAUGCUGUUCCUGUCAUCUUCAUCCGAGUGAACCGUGCUGUCCUUGCAAAGUUGAAAGAUUAGGAUUCAGAUCAUCCAAUUGACAGGCGACAGUAGCAUCUAGAGAAUCGCAAUAUCCCUCAAGUCCCCAAAAAUGCCUUUAACAGCUCACGCCGUUGAUGCGGCCGACGUGCACAAAGCCGUCAAGCUCCUCAUCAACAACCUCGUGAACAUUACAGACACCACCGGCGAGUUUCUUCUCCGCCUUCCAGAUGGCCGCGUUAUCGACACCAAGGGCUGGAACGACUGGGAAUGGACGCACGGCGUCGGUCUCUACGGUAUCUGGAAGUACUACGAGCUGACCGGCGAAGAGGAGUACCUCCAGAUCAUCGAGGCAUGGUUCAAGAACCGCUUCGAGGCCGGCGGCACCACCAAGAACAUCAACACCAUGGCCGUCUUCCUCACUCUUGCCUACGUCUACGAGAAAACCGGCAACCCAAUUUACCUCCCAUGGCUCGACGCCUGGGCUGAGUGGGCAUACCAUGAUCUCCCCCGCACUGAGUUCGGUGGCAUGCAACACAUGACAUAUCUCGGUCCCAACACCCAGCAGCUCUGGGACGACACUCUGAUGAUGACCGUCCUACCUCUCGCUAAAAUCGGAAAAGUCCUCAACAGGCCACACUACGUGGACGAGGCGACGCGCCAGUUCCUCAUCCACAUCAAAUACCUCUUUGACACGAAGACGGGGCUCUGGUUCCACGGCUGGACCUUCGAGGAUGGCGGCCACAACUUCGCGGAGGCGCUGUGGGCGAGAGGGAAUGCCUGGAUCACGAUUGUGAUCCCGGAGUACAUUGAGCUGCUUGAUCUGCCACAUGGAGACCCGAUCCGCACGCACUUACUAGAUACCCUGGUUGCACAGAGCGUGGCGAUCAAGAAGGUGCAGACACCUGGGGGUCUAUGGUGCACGCUGUUGAGCGAGGGGGAGGAUACUGGGUCAUACUUGGAGGCGAGUGCGUCGGCUGGGUUUGCAUAUGGACUCAUGAAGGCAAGGAGGAAGAGAUACAUUGGAGGAGAGUAUGAGGAGGUUGCUGUCAAGGCCGUCAAGGCCGUCAUAGAGAAUAUUGAUGAGGACGGAGAGCUGAAGAAUGUGUCGUUUGGCACUGGGAUGGGAGAUACGCUGCAGCACUAUAAGGAUAUCCCGCUCACGAGCAUGCCGUACGGACAGGCGAUGGCGAUUAUGGCACUGGGAGAGUGGUUGAGGGUAUACAUUUAGGUCUAUUGUAUACGAAUUACGAAAAAGAUAUGACAGGCA